UGAUUUUUAGCUUGAUUCGUCGCGAUUCGCGAAGCGAAGUGCGAAUUGUAAAGACCAGCUGGUUGCUGCAGCGACUGCAUUGCGCCUGCUUGAACUUAUUGCAAUUAAUAAUAUCUGAGGUCCCGGAAUAUUACGCCCUAGUCUAGUUAGCAAGGCACUCCUACCAUGUCAGUCGCUACAUUGGACGAACGGGUGUACGAGGAGCUUCAAGCUCUUGAGGCCAUAUUCGCACCAGAUUUGACGAUCAAUCGUGAGGAUGGCAUCCCGAAGACCAUUAAAAUGAAUAUUGUCCCAUAUACUGGCGAUAACAUUGAUGAACAGUACGUCCGUCUCACCCUCGAGAUCAAAUUGUGUCCGGAUUAUCCUGAGAAGAGUCCUCAAGUCACCAUGAAAAAUCCUCGAGGGCUGGAUGACAGAAUAAUUUCACGUAUCCACCGCGAUAUAAAAGGAAAACUAAAUGCCAAUAUUGGGCAUUUGAUUGUUUAUGAACUUAUAGAGAUGGUGAGGGAAUGUUUGACCCAGUCCAACCUGCCCCAGGGCCAGUGUGUUAUCUGCCUCCACGGCUUCAAAAACGGGGACAUUUUUACCAAGACCCAAUGCUUCCAUUAUUUUCAUAACUACUGUCUUGGCAAGCACUUAAUUUCUGGCAAGAAGUAUUAUGAAGAGGAACUGGAUAAGCUGCCUUCUUGGCAGCGGGUUGAAGCCAAACCCUAUCAGCAAACUUGUCCAGUCUGUCGUUCCACAGUCCAGUUCAAAGUGGAUGAUCUGAAGACGGCACCACCUCCCCUUGAGUCUCUUGAUGCGCAGCCAUUCCAACUCACUGAUGAAAUCAAGGAAAUGCAAGAACGGAUGCAAGCAUUGAUGGCUCACCAGAUCUCUCGUGGUGGAGUCAUCGGAGUUGGAGACUUGGAGCCACCGCCGCUCAUCAUCACUGACCCUGCUGAAGUUGAGGAGCCAAAGUCGUCUUCGAGUGGUGCUCAGAACGUAGCCACGCCAGAGACAUCUAGCGGCGCCCGUGAUGGAGCUAACUCGGCAAGUGCUGCAACUGCGUCCGUCACGCGUCCUCCUUACUGCGGCCCGUAUCGUGGCUUCAAUCGUCGUGGAAAGCCAGGCCGCCGUGGCCGUGGCGGUGCGCGGUGACCCGAUUUACAAAUAAUACUCACUUGUUUACCCUAGCCACCUCCCAUCGUCAAACGCCCCGCCUACACUUUUGUUCUGCCAGCUCACAAUAACUUUCACCAUCACUCAUAUGUUACGUUCUCUCGGUUACACUCCUUUAGUGUGACAAGAAUACUUUCACACCCAAAUGAUUACAGCUAUUGGAAUCGUCUACAAUAUGGCUCCUAUACUAUUACUCUUGGUCUUAUCAAUUCUAACUUUCAAAUGUUCUGUAAGCUCCGAAUGAUAAUUUGUAUCAUUAUUUUCUCCUCAACUCACAACCAUGAAUCGUUACAUUCUGACUCAAUAAACAAAAAUAAUUUAAAAAAAAAAUUUAACUAUCCUCAUUCGUAUAAUAGAGCAGUAACUAUGCUAAGGUGGUUUAUUUUAAAAUUAUCAAAGAUAUUAUCCAAGAUUGUAAUAAAACGUGGAAAGCACUGCUUUAAUUUGAGAGUCUAUAUAUACGGCUUAAGGCGAAAAUUACUUUCGAAGUGUAUUUAUACGGAGGCGAGAAUCGAUUGUGUGCUAUUAAUAAGUUCCUAUACAGGGUCCCUUUUACGUUAACCGACUAAAGUCGGAUUUAUCACAGACUGACGAAUUACCAUAUACGUACGUUUUUGUACACAAUUAUGUUGAAUUUAGACAUUUGUAACGAUACGCAUUUGUAUAUUUUCACGCCAUAUGUUUUGUAUUAGAUAAAUACAUUUAAACAAACGAUCGUAAAAAAAUAGAUCCUAAAAAGUAAAAGUAGAUUUAUUGUUUAUCUAAAGGACUUUUUUAAAGUACUUUCCACUAGUACCAAAAGGUGCACUAUAUCUACUAAAGUUGCUUUUUAUUGCGUUCUGUAUAGGUUUUUAUAAUUGCACAAAUCGAUUUAAGGUUCUGUUUUCAUUAAACUACAAAAUUCAUACCCGCCGCAUAGGUUACGAAUUUUGUCUCCCAAUCGAAUUGCAUAAUAAUAGUACAAUAUAAAUAAAUAACCAAAUAUUUGUAAAAUAGUUUUAAGUAUUUUACUCUCACUACCGUUUGUCUCCUAGAGGUCACCGAGAUUACGGUAUGCACUGACCAUUUCAAGGGUAACAUACCUGACAUAAUCCCCAGUGUGUUCUAGUCAAUCCAGUCAUCCAUACUCUGUCUUCUUGGUCGCGUUCUUCAUUUCUGGAGGAAGGUGGUAGGUUUUCGUUACGUUGGUCACUAAAACCUUCCACUCCUUUCGGUCCUCGUGCUUCCUUGUUGCGGUCUUCAGUGGUAGGCCAGUGAGUGUCUUGACCUGGUCCGACCAGCACGGCGGCUAGGUGAUCGCGUGGUAUUUUGCCCUCCACCUUGCCUAUGACUGUCAGUUUAUGUAAAUUGCUGGGAAGACUUAUUUAAAUAAAACACUUUUAAAGGAUUAAAACGCGUGUAAUUGAAACUGUUUUUACAUUAGAUUUUUGCGUAAAAGUUACAUUUUUAUUUUCUUUAGCCCGACGUUUCAAGAUCUUUCCAGAUCUCGUUUUCAGGGGGACUGCAGAUGAAAUGAGUCAAAGAUUUUAUUUGUCAUAGUUGUCAUUAUAAAGUUUAGCGCCAUUUAUUUCCUCGGAGGUGGUAUUUGCUGUAUAUAGGUAUACAAAGAAAAUACCACUGGAAAGACGUCGAACAAUGUGGCCAAAAUACCCCAAAAUCUUUUGACAGCAAAUUGUGGACAAUCUAGUGCCAAUUAAUUCCCCUUUAUAUGACCAAACCUUUUCAGCAUACCCUUUCCACAAAAUCGAAUGUAACUCAAUGUUUAGGUGCAGUUUUUUGUUAAUCAUCAGCUUUUAUUACCUUCAUGCGUUUCUAAGUGGAAUGGUUUUAACAGACAUAGAGAAUGAAGUAAUUCUAUCAGGGUUACUAUUAUCACUCAAUUAACCCUAAAAUGGUUCAGGGAUAUCAUAGCUACAUAACGAAGUUAAAAUAUCUGAGCUUUAAUCUAAAAAAAAUGAUUUGGUUUAAAAUUUCACUUUAGAAUGUUUUUAACGAUUCAUGGUUGUGUGUUGUAAGUAUUACGUAUGAUAAAUGUGUUAUAAUGUCCAGUCAUUGUUUCAAUGUUAAAUAUUCAUGUGUUUUAAGAAGUAUGAGGAUUGUGAAGCUAAUAGGUAUGUUUUCUAUGUACUUCUCUUACAUUAUGAUAGUCUGGGAUGCUGUCUCCACCUGUGUUAGACCUUGUCUACAUACAGCGAACGAAACUCCUUCUCUUUUACUCGCCUCGUGACGCAUACUGUUUCUCUUUUGCUUCUUAAUUAGUUUGCCUUCGUUCGUUAUAUCUGUACUCGGCCUUAGAGACAAAUAUAAUCAGAGAUACAAGGAGUGAUGGGUCAUUGUUUGAAAUUCUUCUUAUUUCCAACAACACUACUGAUUCUAAAAUAGAAAACUGUAUGUAUUGUCAAACAUUUUAAUCUCAGCAAACAGAAGUAUAUAUUUAUUUAUUAAUAUGGUUUUUCGGUGUGGUUACCGACUAGUUUCGGACCAUUCGGAGGUCCUUCAUAAUAAGCAGUGGGUUCGCGAUAACGUCCCGUCUCUUACAUCGGACUUGUGCUCGUAGUGCGCGGUUGAUGACGAGCACGGUAUCACUGACACUUUAUCAUUAUUGGUGUCCACGGGUGCACAAAAUGUACUCACAAUGUCCACUACGUGAUCAUCGGCACUAUAAUCAUAGUACCCACACCGAUAAAUCGUGAGUAAAGCCGUAUUAAUAAAUAAUUUAACAAUGUCUCACGAAAGUUUUCAUAAUUUUAAAGUAUAAAUUUCUUCUUUCGAAGGUGGGCAGCGGCACAAAUAUAAUUAUAAAGUAUCUUUUAAAUUAAGUUACAAUUCUGUGACGAUACCUAGUCAACCUAGAUUCCAGGUAAAUGUUUAAUGUUAGUCUGUAAAAUGCCGUAUUCUUAAAAUUGAUUGGGUGAAUGAAAGUAAUGAUAAUUUAAAUGUAAAUGGAAGCUGUGCGAUCAAUAUUCCGCACUAUAAAGUUUGUUAAUGCAAGUUGCGUGUAUCUAUGUAAUGCAGUGUGAAGUUGGUUAAUGCAAGUUGCGCGUAUCUAUGUAAUGCAGUGUGAAGUUGGUUAAUGCAAGUUGCGCGUAUCUAUGUAAUGCAGUGUGAAGUUGGUAAAUGCAAGUUGCGCGUAUCUAUGUAAUGCAGUGUGAAGCUUUUUAAUGCAAGUUGCACGUAUGUAUGUAAUGCAGUGUGAAGUUGGUAAAUGCAAGUUGCGCGUAUCUAUGUAAUGCAGUGUGAAGUUGGUUAAUGCAAGUUGCGCGUAUCUAUGUAAUGCAGUGUGAAGUUGGUUAAUGCAAGUUGCGCGUAUCUAUGUAAUGCAGUGUGAAGUUGGUAAAUGCAAGUUGCGCGUAUCUAUGUAAUGCAGUGUGAAGUUGGUAAAUGCAAGUUGCGCGUAUCUAUAUAAUGCAGUGUGAAGUUGGUUAAUGCAAGUUGCGCGUAUCUAUGUAUUGCAGUUUGAAGCUGGUUAAUGCAAGUUGCGCGUAUCUAUGUAUUGCAGUGUGAAGUUGGUAAAUGCAAGUUACGCGUAUGAUGUUAGUCAAUAGAAUAAUAAAAUUUAAAAAAUAAAUGAAUAUUUCGAGCUGUGAAGCUACUAAGUAGACGUUGCGCACAACAAUAUGUGAAGUUUGUCAAUGCAAGUUGCGCGUGUUAUAUUUAUUUUGAAGAUCUCACUUCACUAGAUGACGCUUACUACAAUUUGAAAAUAUAUGGAUGGUAAUUAAUAGUUUAAGAAUACCGUAGUUUUAUUCAUGUACAAGUUUCUUCAUGCGAAACAUCUUUCUCUAAACUGGAUAUAAAUACAAUCGGCCUUACGAAUAAACUUGGUAUAAAGUUAUAACUAAGCAUAAACAAAGAAUAUGCAAAAUGUUUACAAUAUCGUUGACAACACUGUCAACACAAUGAUAAUUCUGAAUCUUCUCUGAAUGACAAGCAGCCUUGCAAAUAAACGCGGGAAACGUUAUACGUCCGAAUAAACCAAUCGUAAGCAAAAUUUUGCAUUUUCUUGGUUUGUGAUUAGUUAUAACUUUAUGCCAAUUUUAUUUGUAAGGACGAAUAAGUUUUAAAUCUAAUUAUAAACUUACGCUAAUCGCUUUAUGACUGUAUUAUUAUGUUGUCUGUUAAAUCAUUUAAAAGUCACGUGAAACAACCAACAAAACUCUUCAUUGAAAUCCCAUCUUUAGACAUACUAUUUAUUUUAUUGUUGUAAAUAAAUUAAUUUAAUUUAAGUAGGUAUCUUUAACUUAUAUUAAUUCUUUUUAGUAAUAUUAACAAAUAAUUUCGUUUUUAAUAUUGUUGUAUUUAUUGAUAGUACAGUAAUUGAUUAUUUAUUGCAAGUUCGUGGCUGAUUUUAAAUAAUUUGGUAAGCGCUUUUCAAUUCGGCUUUCUUAUUCCAGUAGGAAUUACGUUAUUUAAGUAGACACAGAAAUCUAAAUAAGAAGGUAAUUAUAAUAGACAUUGCUAUUAUUUCUGUAUUGAGAAAGAUGAAUAAAUUAAAAAUAUCUGUAAAAAAAUAUGCCAUAAAUUUUAUUUAGGAAUUCGUUAUUUUCAAAUUGAUAUCCCUCACUUCUUGGGAUUAAAUAUUCAAAUUAAUUUUGUACCAAAAUUGUAGAUGGAGAUCUACAAAUUUUUUGGUAUUUUAUUGGUAUAUACAAAUAUAUUUUAUUGAUUUACGAACGUUGCGUAACUCGAACGGUUGGCUCAGUUAGUAAGAGCGCUCGGAUGAAAGCCAAGAGGUGGCGGGUUCGAAUCCCACGUCGUUCAUAAAUUUUAGUUGCAAAUUGAAUUUGUAGAAAAUUUUGCAAUUUAAUUAAAAAAAAGUUGUAUCGAUGGAAUAUAGUAAUUUUAUUGA